AUGUGCUCGACGGCCGCAUCCUGCUUGGUAUUGCAGGUGCUACUAUACCUACUCAACACUGACCAGGCCAACUUGGGAGGCAAGAUUCGCUUCAUCUUCUUUGGCCUGUCGUGGCCUAUCUGCGCCUGGUUGUACUACUACUUUCUCGAGAUGAAGGGCCGCAACUACGCAGAGAUCCAGGAAAUGUUCAACAACCGCGUGCCGGCCCGGAAGUUCAAAUCCCAUGUUUGUGAGGUCGGCAUCGUUUGUCAAGGGGAGAAGAAGUUGCAGGAGGAGGCAUGA